AUUUGGCACAAGUUUGAACCGUACUAAGCCAAUUAAACGUUUACCCGUUGAAUUUAAUUUCUCGGUCUACUUUUCCAACACCAAAACCUUUGGGGAAAGUCAAGUUCUAGCUAGAAUUUUUGAGCGCUGUAGAACCUGAAACUUUCCUUUGGCGAAUUGUGUGGCGAAUCUCUUAUAAAUUUGUUCAAUGAAUGCACAGGCGUUGCUUCUUCUUGGACUGUUUGCAUUCACUGGAUAUUCCCUUUAUGUACCCAGAUUACUGGGAAUUGAUCCUAAUGAGAAAGAGUAUUUUCAAUCAACGAGAAUUAUGUGCAAAGAUGGUUCAAAAACUUUUCCUCGCGACCGUCUCAACGACAACUUUUGUGAUUGCACUGAUGGUACAGAUGAACCAGGUACAUCAGCAUGUCCAGAAGGGAAAUUUUACUGCACCAAUACUGGGCAUGCACCUAUACAACUGUUCUCUUCUCGUGUUAAUGAUGGUAUCUGUGAUUGUUGUGAUGGAAGUGACGAAUAUUCUGGGAAAAUUGGAUGUCCAAAUACAUGCACGAAGGCUGGAAUGGCUUUUGAUGGGAAACUGAUUGAUAAACUCUCAGCAUACAGUGAUAGUUCCAUUAUGAAAAAGCGAAACAGAGAACAUAUCAGACAGAAACUUUUGUCAGAAGAAGAUGAUCUAGUGUCAUUGAAUCAAGAUGACAAGGAAAUCCAAGGCCUGAUACAAAAACUGAAGGAAUUAAAGGUGUUACCACUGUUGGAACUGGUUCUCGUUGCUUCGAUACUGUUCUACUCACAAAGUGGCUGUUGUAGGCGUCGACGUGUACACUUGAGGCGAAGGAGGUACUAACAAAAAUGGUCAAUUUUUUUUGAUCCAAAGUCAAUUGUUUUCAGCAUGCUCUAAUUGCCCAGGAAUAUGCAGAGAUUUUUUCCAUGUUUUUCAAAUGAGUAGAUGUUUCUAGAUGGGUGAUUCAUUAGCGACAUAUUAAACUGGAUAUGUAUGUAUAGCAAUAUUAUUUAGUUGCUAUUAUUUAUGAAAUAAUUGGCAGCAAAAAUAAUGAUAGAGUAGCAGUCAAAAGAACAAUGUUUCAGCUGAAAGACAUUGGAAGUAUAUAUUCUUCUCUUCCUUCUGAUCAAGGCCGAGAAUUUCACUCUCAGUUGAAUUCACUCGACACAUACAUUGAGAGAGGUUUUGUAUCGUUAUUGAACCAAAAUAUUAGAAAAUGUACUUUCCUUUGUACAACUUCGUGUUCAGAAUGUACAUGUUGGUUAACAUAUUCAAGAAUAUUUUAAUGAAAAAUCAUUCAGUUUUCACUUUUGAA